CAAGACACAUUCUUCAGGAUCGGUAGCCGGUUCCGUCACUCAGUGCGACGAAAGCGUUCAAUCCAUCUGACCUUUCAAUCCCCGAAUUAGGUCUUUUCAACUUACAUGUUCCAUCAUGGGCUCUCAAUCGUCUCCUAGCCCAGACCCAACCACCAUAUCCACAGCCCUCCAAGAUGCCCUGAUCCGCUAUGCCCAGCGCCAUCCACAAUCCCUCAAACACCACCAGGAAGCUCUCCUCAGCCUCCCGGGGGGCAACACACGCUCCCUGCUCCAUGAGAACCCUUUCCCCGUCCUCAUGGCCCGCGGGGAGUCUCACCUCCUGCACGACGUCGACGGGCACACAUACAAUGAUCUAGUCGGCGAGCUUACCGCGGGGCUGUUCGGCCACUCGCAUCCUGUGCUCUUGCAGGCGCUGGCAGACACGGCGAAGAACGUCGGGCUGAGCCUCGGGGCGACAAACGUGCUCGAGGCCAGGUACGCGAGGCUGCUGUGCGAGCGGUUCGCUUUGGGCAGGGUCAGGUUCACAAACUCUGGCACCGAGGCGAACCUGCAUGCCCUUGCUGCCGCGAGGAAGUACACGGGGCGGAAAAAGGUUGUCGUGUUCACCGGCGGCUAUCACGGUAGCGUUUUGAGUUUCGGGGCACCCACGGAGAACAAUGUCGACAAGGACAGCUUUGUCCUUGUAGAAUACAAUGACUGUGAUGGGGUCGUGGAGGCAUUCCGGCGGGAAGGGAGUGAGAAUAUCGCGGCUGUACUGGUCGAGCCGAUGCAGGGCUCUUCUGGGUUCAUCCCGGCUACGAAGGAAUUCCUGUUGUCGAUUCAGGAGCAGUGUGCCCAGGCCGGCGCCGUCUUCAUCCUCGACGAGGUCAUGACGUCCCGCCUCGCUCCCGGUGGUCUGCAAUCCACUUUCCGUGCAGAGCAAGGCAGCGACCAGUCCCUCAUCAAGCCUGGUCUCACAACGUUUGGGAAAUACCUCGGUGGUGGUAUGCCGUUCGGUGCGUUUGGCGGCGACGCGGAGAUCAUGGGCGUGUAUGACCCGCGCAGUAUCAACUCGCUCGUCCACAGCGGGACGUUCCAGAACAACACGCUCAUGCUAGCCAUGGGCCAUGCGGCGCUAUCGCAGGUGUACACGCCCGAGAAGGCGAUAUCACAUACUCAGCGAGGCGACAGAUUGAGAGCCCGACUUGUCGAGGUUACCAAGGGAACCAUGUUGUCUGCGACUGGCUUCGGGUCGUUGGUUUGUAUGCAUUUCGGCAGCGGGUGGGGUAGGUUGGGAGAGCAGGUUAGGAGUAAAGAGCAUGGCGGGCCGGAUGACGAAGAUCUCAAGACGCUGUUCUGGCUGGAGAUGCUGGAGAGAGGCUUUUGGGUUCAGCGAAGGGGAAACAUUGCGCUUAUCCUGGAUACUCCCCUGGACGUGGAUGACAAGUUUGUCGAUGCUGUCUCGGAGUUUGUUGCAAGGCACGAAGGUUAUGUUCGCAUAGACUCGUGAGGAAAACGAAAUAUGGAAAGGUAAAGCAGGGAGGACUGUGUUAGAUGGGUCCUAUACAGGCAGAAACCCUGACGGGGAUAGAUGGUCGACCGGCAUUCUUGCUAUUCGUCACCAGUCUUCAUCCGAUUUCAUUCCAUGAUAUAAUAUUUUAAGUCUUGAA